UAUGCGCAUGCGUCAGUUCUUUAUAAAUUUGAUUAUGUAAUCAAUCGGCAUUCUGGUUGGACAAUGGAAACAAGAGGCGGGUGACUGAAGCAAGCAUUAACAAUUCUGAUGGGCUCUGCAUUCUGGUUGGACAAUCGAAAAGCGAGGUUGGUGCCUGUAGCAAGCAUUAAUAAUUCUGAUUGGCUCUGCGAUUGAUUAAUCAUCGAGGAAAGAAAUGGACAGAAAUAUAUAAUAAAAUUCAUUCAAGCAGCAUAACGCAUUGAACGUUAGGACAUAUCGCUAUCAAAAUUUUAACCUAUAUUGGAAAUUAUGUAUUACAAAAUAUCGCUGUUUUUGAUCGUGUUGUUUGGACGUGUUUGCUCACAGAGCUGGGAUGAUUACCUUGACAAUUUGAUUGAACAGUCUAAAGACGGAGCGGGACAAGCCCAGUGUGACAAAGCUGCCAUCUUUAGUUUGGAUGGAGGCGCCCCCUGGACAUCAACAGAUUAUCCAAAUGCACUUAAUCUGUCACAAGAUGAAAGAUCAGAUAUAUCAAAAGGUUUCAAUUCAUUGUCAUUGGACGGCAUCUUUUUAUUGACGAAAAUAACUGUCGAGGGAAUAAAUUAUGACUUUUUAAUUGAAUAUGACAAUAAUCUUGUAUUAUACAAAAACAAGGGCCACGGUUCGAUAAUUAUUCAACGUUCUGUCACAGCAUUAGUUGCUUGUCAUGUCGUUGAAGGGGGUCACGUGGAAUAUGCUGUUAAAGCUGUGAUCACCGUGGCAGAUCAUUUCGAGGCUUCUGGGUUUUAAAGGGUAAAUUAUACACAAAGGCAACAAUAAUACAUUUUUAAAAGUGUUUCGAGAAUAUAAUUUAUGAAUUGUACAAUAUGUAAGCUUAAUGCAAAAGUUCUUAAUUUAUCCGAAGAGUUUCCAGGUUCUGUUAAACUGGUCGACAGAUCACAAAAUGAGUAAACCAAUGCGUUUUUACUCGGCACCAGUGGAUCAUUUUCAAAAAAGUGAACUUUCUCUAAAUAUUCUUGAACAUUAUUUAAAGUAAUGUUUCGUUACACAUUUAUGUAGAGUACGUUUGCAUUAAAUUGAAAAUUAUUACAAUUUAUAAAAAAAGAAUGGUCUUGCAUUUUUAAUAUUAUUAGUUAGAUCUAAUGAAAAAAUAGCUCUUAGAUAUAUUUAACUGUUACUUUUUUGUGAUAUCAAGACAUGUUAGUAUGAUUACAUACAACAUUCGGGAAUCGAGCAUAUUUAAUUAUGCAAUCUAUUCAAUAGAUUUUUAUUUUUUUAUUUUCUUUAUUUGCAUGUACGGUAACGAUAAAAAAGUGUAACAACAAUGCCAGGAGGUCAUAUUGUAUUAAACAAUGUUUAAAUGGCUCAUCAAUUUUUAGCAUUUUGUCAGAAUUGUGUUACUUCAAAUACCAAAUACGAUUUAAUACUUGGAAAUGUAAAUAUGCUAGACGGAGUACAACCAGGAUGCAAUAUGGAUAUAUUUCGG